AUAAGCCGCAAGUGACACUCGAGUUCGGUGCUGGGCUGAAGGAAUCCAUGAUCUACGAAGGCCACGACAUCUUCUUCGUCUGCAACGCGUCCGCUUACCCCAGCAUCACGGACGUCGUGUGGGACUUCAACGGUUCGCCUUUGCAGCAGAACAACAACAGCCGCGGACCCCUGAUCGUCAACCAGAGGUACCUGGUGCUCCGGAACGUGCAGUACACAGACUCCGGAAACUACUCGUGCACGGUAACGAACCCCGAAGGAGUGACCACGAGCAAAAGGCUGCAGCUCAAGAUACAACAUUCCCCUCGGUGCGUCAACUCGCAGCAACACCGCUACAAGGUCGUGUACACUGUGCCGUUUGAAGAGGUGUCCCUAUCGUGCGACGUGGAGGCUGACCCGAGCACCAACCUGUCCUUCCGCUGGUCCAUGAAGGAGAGCCACAAGGCGGACGGAGAGGCGGCCCAGAAGGAGACCGCCUUCGCCAGAAACUUCGAGGAUAUGGCACGCACGUACGCCUCCAGGAGCGUCCUCACCUUCGUGCCUCUGCCCGAGGAACUGCACUCCACGUUCCAGUGCUGGGCCAAGAACCAAGUGGGCAUCCAAAAGAAGCCGUGCCUCUUCAAGCUGGUUCCCAGAGAGGAACCCAACCGGAUCAGAGAAUGCCAACUACUGAACAAAACACUCACGUCCCUGCUUAUAGAGUGCCAGCGGAAAAGUGACGACCACCACAUUUUCGUGCUAGAACUGCAUGACGUAAGCAACAACCUGCUUGUCAAGAGGGUUACAUCACCGACACCGAGAUUCCACAUCAGUGAACUGCACCCGACUAACUACUAUACCAUCCUUGUGUACACAACUAAUGGCGUCGAAAGCAGCAGAACACUCAAUAUAUCGAUCACAUCAACAAAAGCAGCAAUGUCCAAAACACUGAACAACGGCAAUCCGGAACCCCAGAGCAACUUGGCAACCAUAGUAGGCCUCUUCAUGAGUGGUGUUGUAGUUUUCGGGGUCAUCGUGUCAAUAGCGUGCUUCUGUAAAAAGCAUCAUAGGCACAAGGACAAUGAUGAAACGGAAGGAGGGCCAAACAUCUCGGAGAAAACGGAAAUGUUUUCCAUCCCGCUGAACGCUCAAACCAAAGUGGAGUGCAAGAUGGACGACAUUGACACCGUAGAAGUUGUAACACAUUACCAAAGGGACCUUUCUGAAAAGCUACCUCUACAAUGCUACGGGAGUGUGCUAUAGCCGGCGACCCUUGUAAAUAAUGAUCUGAGUGAUAAAAAGUUGAUUUUUGUAUUU